GGUUCCGAGUAACAGGAAAAUAUUAGUGUGAGGAUCGCCUUCGAGUCGGCCACUUGGGUUUUUCUUAAUGGAACUUUUUAAUAGGUUUUCUUUUACUUCUUACCUACUAGUUGUGCUGACCGUGUGAGUGUGUUGAGUUUUAGUGCUAUUUGUAACAGUUUUACGGACAUUUUAUAAGUACCGAGCCGGUGACAGCGCACCAUGCCGCGCUGGUGGCUGGGGUCGAUGCUGUGCAUCAGUCUCCUGUCGCUCACUGCACAGAGAGCAUCCGCAGCCUUUCCAGGGUUCCCCAGCUUCCCUACUGUUGAUGAUCACAGAGUUGUCUAUGGCGGUAAUAUUAAGACGAUAGAUGAAACCGACGAUGACGUCACAGACGACGAUCCCGUGGUACCAAUCAAGAUGACGCACAUGCGCGUGCGCUCCGAGAUCGCUCUGCGCUACGCUCGCACGGCCGUCAUAUGCAAAGUAUACAACCCCAACAAGCGACCGCAGGAAGCCAGCUUUAAUGUAUUGCUACCUGAAACCGCUUUCAUCAGUGGAUUUACUAUGACUCUGGGUAAAGAAACCUACGAAGCAUAUGUAAAAGAAAAAGAAGUUGCUAAACAAAUCUACAACGACGCAGUCACACAAGGAGUAGCAGCUGCCCACGUUGCUACCAAGGCUCGUGAUUCAAAUCACUUCCAGAUAAAAUUCAACGUGGAAGGCUGGAGUAAUGCAACCUAUCACAUGAAAUAUGAAGAGUAUUUGGAGCGUCGACAUGGCGUGUAUAAUUAUGCUAUUAAUCUGCUCCCUGGUGCUCUAGUGCCUAAAAUGGACGUCAUUAUAAAUAUCAAGGAAUCGCAGAAAAUCACCAUGUUAAGGGUGCCCGAAUUGAGGACUGGCAAUGAAAUUGAUGCCUCGGAGAAAGAUGCAAAAUACAAUAAGGCUGUUAUACAAAGGGGAGAGAAUGAACGGCAGGCUAAAAUCAUAUUUGCUCCUGAUCUGAAAGAGCAGAAAAGACUAGCCGAGAUAUAUGCGGAAAAAACCAAAUUAUCAGGCGACCCUGAUUCUUGGAAUAUCGGUUACGACAGCACAGAAAUAGAUGAAAAGCAGGGUCUGUUAGGGCAGUUCGUAGUUCAGUAUGACGUGGAACAGCCAAAGAAUGGAGAAAUAUUGGUGAAUGAUGGUUACUUCGUACACUUCUUCGCUCCGAGUUCCCUGCAGCCGCUGAGCAAGCAUGUGGUGUUCGUGCUCGAUAUAUCAGGAUCCAUGUAUGGAACCAAGAUAGAUCAGCUAAAAAAAGCUAUGGACACCAUACUCUCAGACCUUCACGCUGACGACUAUUUUAACAUCAUAGAAUUCAACGGAUAUAUUAAAGUUUAUGAUAUACAAGAGCCAGACAAAUCGCAGCGAUCUAACUUUACCAGUAAUGCGCUCGUCAGUCUUGUGCCACCAGCACGUGCAUCAGCGGAAAACAUAGCUAAAGCAAAAGUUGUUGUUUCUAAACUUGAAGCAUAUGGAGGUACCGACAUUUACAACGCCCUUGAUGCAGCAAUAAAUAUUGUACAAAAAGGAGAUCUCGAGAUGCAAAGUACAAAUGUUUCUUCGGUAAAGAAUAAUAACAAAACUGAUUCAAUUGAAAAUAAGCUGGAACCCUUUAUUAUAUUUUUAUCUGACGGCGAUCCAACCGUGGGUGAAACUAAUACUGGCCGCAUAAUCACUCAUAUGUCCGAGAAAAACACUGGGCCGAAUCGUGUACCUAUACACUCACUUGCUUUUGGUGACGAUGCGGACCGUACGUUUCUCCGCAAGCUCUCUCUCCGCAACGACGGCUUCAUGCGGCACAUCUAUGAAGCGGCGGAUGCGGCGCUGCAACUGCGGGACUUCUACCGACAGGUGUCCUCGCCGCUGCUCUCUGACGUCAAGUUCGUCUAUCCUCGCAGUCAGAUAAAGGAAGGAUCCCUCAGCCGAAGCCAGUUCCGUACAAUAAAUGACGGCUCGGAAGUAGCAGUAGUGGGAAAAAUCGCUGAUGACGUCAAUGAAAUAACGCCGCAAAUGCUAGCCUUGAGAUCGGACAGUGGUGGUCGAGCUCGGAUACCGUACGAAAUAAAUGCUAAAGUACCGGUGAUUCGUGGCAAGAAUGAAUAUUUCCCGUUAGAGCGACUCUGGGCAUAUCUGACUAUUAAGCAGCUGCUGGACAAAAGAGAUGCCGGUGAUACAAGUCUGAGUGAACUGGGAGACGAUGGCCCAAAAGAGAGUCCCGAGAAGAAAGCCCUGGCUAUAGCGCUAAAGUUCUCAUUCGUCACGCCUCUGACGUCACUUGUGGUGGUCCGGCUGAACAAAACCGAUGUCAAGGAUGAGAAUCUUGUAGAUGCCGAGACAGUUGACGAACCGCAUUUUUUAGCAUACAGGCACGCAGCGGCGCCGCCGAUUGCUACCUUGAAGACGACCUAUAAAGCUGAAAGUACUCCUACCGGAUUAAGCAUUGCUUCCGAUGCUGGACCUGUCCUGUUUGCUGUAUCAAGCAAACGCUUCAGCAACGGUGCUUAUGGAACUCAAUUUGUCGGUCAGACCCAGGGGGGAUACGGUGCAUUUGUCGGUCAGAGCCAUGCGGAACACAGUUCAUCUGGUUUUAGCUACCACAGUUCGUCAGGCCAAAGCAGUCUGAGCCAGGGAGGAUACAGUUCAUCUGGCAGUCAGAGCCAGGGGGGAUACAGUUCAUCUGACUUCAACCCAUUAUUACCUGACCCAGGCCAAGUUUUUCUACCGCCGUCGCAGCCGCCGCCGCUGAUAAUAUGUACGGAUGUAGUUACCACCACCCCUACGACGACUACUCUUAAUGCUGAGCUACAAGCAGUGUAUCAUCUAGAAGGCUACGAGUGGGCACUCGAUAACAUAAAUACCAACGAAGACGCCUUCAUGUGGAUUGAUUUUCAAGGAUUGCAAGUCACCCUGAAGCUCUCCAAAGAUGCCAAUCCCCCUCAAGAACCCGGAGGAGACUACGAGUGUUGGCCUAAGGCACCGGCCAACUCAGAGAAGGGAUUGUGGUGCGUGUAUCUCACACGAUGCUUAGCUGCGCGCAACUACACGUACGAUGACUACACGAAUAAGUCCUGCUAUGUCGACAACAGGUAUGCUGGUGUAUGUUGCCCAAAAAAUGAAAUAGACAGGAAGCUUUAAAAUUAAAAAAAAAACAACUAGCUACCUACCUCUACGGUCUACCACACGAGUACAAAUUUUAUAAAUAAGCAAGUAAUGGUACAUGUUUGUAAGUUUGACCAAAAAAUAAAACCUCGCCUCAUCUCGUUGCGGAAAAAUUAAUCAAUGUAUUACUUGUGGCGCCCCCGAGUCAGGUUUUUAAACAUAUUUCCCGUCACGUAUGUUACUUAAUAUGUAAAUCUUUCAAUAAUUCAUAAUAUUAUAGAUUAAAUAAAAUGGAAGUUUUAUUGUACCUACUAAAA